GGGCCAUGCACUUAUAUUAUAGUGCAUAGAGUUGCAUGGUUGUACUAGCUAACCACAGUUAAACAAGAUCUACACAAACUCUUGUAUCAAGCAGAGCCUACAGUAAGCAUGGCUAAUGUCCUCUGUUGGCUGGUGGCUAUACUGUGUCUGUGUGAUCGUGAUACCAUGGGCCAGAAAACACCGGACCCAUGUCCAGAGAGCGCCAUAAGACUACCAGUUGCAAGAGAGAACUCAACUUGUGGCUUCAAAAGUGGGAGAGUAGAGAUCUGUAAUGAUGGUGUUUGGAAAACUAUCUGUGACAGUGACUGGACUAGGAAUGAUGCAGCAGUGGCUUGCAGGCAGCUGGGCUACUCAACAAUAGGAGCUGAGGUUAGUCCAGUAAGCCUAACAAUUAAUCUAGCCAGUACUGUUCCAGAAUGUGUAGGCACAGAGAACAACCUGACACAGUGUCCAUCAAUAAGUUCCACUACUGUAUAUAGUGUGUGCGAGGAAGAUACUGGUGUCAUCUGUUUUCUCAAUGACUCUGCACCAGACAUCUGCUUUGGAGUACCAACAACUCCACCCACUGACACGCAAGCCAUCACCAUCCAAGCAACAACCAACCAAGCCAUCACCAGCCAAGCCAUCACUAACCAAGACAAUACCACCAACCAAGAGAAUAGACCAGAGCAGCAAAGUGUGCUUCAUCCAGUGGUCAGUCAUUUGUUGGCAGUGUUAGGAGGAGCGGUGAUUGUACUAGUUCCUGUGACUAUCAUCGCAUUUGUUGUCAAGAGAAGGUCCACCACCAACAACAUCACCAUAGCAACCACUGACGAUAUCACCAUAGCAACGACUAACGAUAUUACCCUAUCUGAUAAUACAGCGUACACGUGCACGCACAAGCAAGACAGUGAAGCAGUGACUAAAGAUAUCACCCUCUCAGCUAAUGCAGCGUACAGCACACACAAGCAAGUCAGUGAAGACAUGUAUGAAACCAUCACAUGAGACUAUUAACACAGUUUAGCAUAAAAUACACAAUAACUUACGUACUAUAAUCAUGGACCUCAUAGAGACGU